AUGCAGUCUCCCCCGCGCCUUGGAACCUGGGAUCGCAGCUGGAUCACAUCCAUCCACCACGAGUCAUUUACCGCGAUCAGCGAUGCCGCCGAGCCGAUGCCUGAGAAGGCUGGCGAUGUCGACCCUGUCCACACAGACAUCGGGCUGGGGUAUUUCCUUCAGUCUCAGCAGAUGGACCCGGCCGAGCGCGACGUGAUUGCCAAAAGAGUCUUGCGCAAGAUCGACCUUUGCCUUCUGCCUGCAAUGUGCACAAUCUACCUCUUGUCUUUCCUCGACAAACAGACACUCAACUACGCGAGCGCCUAUGGCCUCAAGAAAGACCUCGGCCUGGUUGGCAACCAGUACUCCUGGGUGGCCUCCGUGACAAACAUCGGCUACCUGAUCGGUUCGUAUCCGUCCAACAUUUGCCUGCAGAAACUCCCCAUUGGCAAGUUCAUCUCGGUCAUGCUCCUGUGCUGGGGCGGACUGCUGGUUGCGACGGUCGGCGCCAAGAACUUCGCCGGCCUUAUGGCCCUCCGCUUCCUCCUGGGCGCCCUCGAGGCUGGCAUCGGCCCCGCCUGGAUGCUGAUCACCUGCAUGUUCUGGACCAGAGAAGAGCAACCGCUCCGGAUGUGCUUCUGGCUCGGGUGUAACGGCAUCGCAUCGAUUCUGGGUGCCGGAAUCUCCUGGGGCUUGGGCCACACCCACAAUACGGCCCUGGCUUCCUGGCAGCUGGUGUUUUUGACUAUCGGCGUCGUGACUUUUGCUACUGGGCUCGUCGCGCUGUUCUUCUUCCCAUCGUCCCCUCUUGACUUCAAGCUGUUCACCGAAGAGGAGAAGAUCGUCUCGGUGUGGCGUGUCUCCAAGAACCAGACUGGCAUCAAGCACCACAAGGUUCUCACCUACCAGAUCAAGGAGGCAUUCCUCGAUACUCGCGUCUGGCUCGUUGCCGGACAGCAGUUGGCCAUCGGCAUCAUCAAUGCCUCGCUCACCAAUUUUAUGAGUGCCCUCAUGGUCGGUUUCGGGUACGCCCCGCUGGACACGGUCCUCUGGCAGCUCCCCAUCGGUGCGUUCCAGCUGGUGGGUACCAUCGUUGCCGGCUACAUGGCGUCGAGUUUCCGCAACACCUCCGUCAUCAUCUGCGUCCUUGUGCAUCUGCCUUCCUUCGCUGGCAUCCUUGGCAUUGCCCUCAUCCCCAUCCAGCACCGGCUGGCCCUCACCGCCUGCACCUGGUUGCUCGGUUUCAUUGGCGCUGCCAUCAUCCUGAACUGGUCCAUCAUCGGCGCCAACUUCGCGGGCCACACCAAGCGCAUGACGAUCAACGGCCUCAACUUUGUGUGCUUCGCCGCCGGAAACGUCAUCGGGCCGUUCAUGUUCACGCCAUCCGAGGCUCCGAGGUACAUGUCCGCCAUCAAGGCCCUCUGCGGCCUCUAUGCCGCCUCCAUCGCCUUCACCGCCCUGAUCGGCGUCUGGAUGUGGUGGCAGAACAGGAAGCGCGAUGCCGAGGCCCGCUCGGCUGGGCUGGACUCGCCUGUGACGGACGAGUCUGAGGAGACUGAGACUGGUUUCCACGACAUGACGGACAAGGAGAACCGGAACUUCCGGUACAGGCUGUAG